AUGGCUCCUACUAUUGUGCUCAUCCGCCACGCUCAGGCUCUUCACAAUGGCGAAGAGCAAUGCGCUCUCCUAAGAGAGAACCUCAUCUCUACAUUCUCGGAUAAGAUUGAUAAUGUAGACGAUGUAGCUAUCGUUGUCAGCCCCAUGCGGCGUACGAUGCAGACUGCUACGCUUGCGUUGGGCUGGCUUGUUGAGCGGGGUGUUAAGAUUGAGGGCAACGCAGACUGGCAGGAAAACUCUUCAAAGCCUUGUGACACAGGAAGUCCCCUCUCCUCCGUCUCUCCAUCCUUCCCAAAGGUAAACCUCUCCUCCGUCGAUCCCCUCUGGCCAGACAAGACAUCCCCAUCCGCAGAGCGAUACUGGUACACCAAGAAAUCCAUCCUCGCUCGCGGUCAGCGCGCACUAGAGGAUCUGAAGAAAAGACCUGAGAAGCUCAUCUUUGUGGUAUCGCACGCUGGGUUCCUGAGAUUGGGCGUUGCGGGAUAUUGGUUCUUUAAUAGUGAUUAUCGUGUCUUUGACUUUGAGGACGAGGGGAUUAAACAACGGGAGGCGACGGCCGCGGGAGGUAUGGGCUUGUCGUUUACGGAGCCGGUUGAGCUGGGGCUUGAUUUGCCGGAGGAGGAUCCGGGGUAUGAUGCUGAGGUCAAGGUGUAG